CACCAGGCAGUGGGCGUGGUCAGAGCGAGGGGGUGCGCUUGAUUUAUUGUACAUUGAGCCAGUUCAUUGAUAAUAUUCCCGUUGAACUCCGGCCCCCCGUUAGUCCCUAAACUAUUAAUCAAGAAAAACUCUGGGACUUUUGCGGUGACCUCGCUUAAUUACCCUUUAACAAUGUGUAUACAUACACAUACUUUGGUUUAUUAUGAGAUGUGUAUGCUUUAUUUGAUGCAAUUGAUAUCAUUUUGGAGAUAAAUGUUGCAUGUUUUCUACACUAUAUUUAUUUGAAAUAUAUAUUAUUUAUAAAAAUAAUGAGCAUUCAAAAAAGUACAGACAAUGCCAGGAUCAGUAUUACACUAUGGUACAACAUCUUUUGAUAAAGAAUGUCACACUAAAGAAUGUCACACUCAUUUAUUUACUGCAGUAGUGACUUUUUAGAAUAAAACAGGGCCGAGAUCAGUUGUUUUAUAUUGCUCUUUGAAUUUUGUGGUCUGACAGUUUGUGUCAUCUGACAUUCUGUAAUCCAAUCAGGGAGGGAGAGAGGGAGAGAGAGUGUAAUCCAUGAUAAUCCCACAUUCAGAGAGCGAGACUAGUAUAGGGUCUAACAGAGACAGAAAGAGUUGAAGGACAGCAAUAAUCUCCGAAGGCACCACAAUCUUUGGCUUUAUGGGCGAGGGGCUGCCUGCCUGUGGCAUGAACAGUGUUUGUCAGGGAAACAUCUCCAUGGAGACGGACUCCCAAGGGUAGGGGAGGGCUUUCAGGGAAAGGAGACCCUCACCUUGAUGGAGUAGCAAGUGAAGAGAGAGGAUGAAGAAGAAGAGACCAUAGUAGUAGUCUUAGAGGUAAAAUGGAAGAUCACCUGUGGGGGAAAAAGUGAAGCGGAUUUAAACAGAAGGGAAGAAGAAGAAGAAGAAGAAGAAGAAGAAGAAGAAGAAGAAGAAGAAGAAGAAGAAGAAGAAGCAGAAGUAUAAGAAGAAGAAAAAAGAGGUGGAUGAAAGUUAUUUCCUCAGGAUGGGCUAUGAUCUGGAGCGGUUUGUGGGCUAUGUGAAUGAAGGUCUUCUGUGCUGUGUGUGUCGAGACGUGUUGGAGCGCCCCCUCCAGGCGCCCUGCGAACAUGCCUACUGCAGCUCCUGCAUCAGCAGCUGGCUGGUGCAUCACCGCUCGUGUCCGGAAGACAGACUUCCACUGGACGUGAGCAGUCUGAAACCCCUGUACAGGUACAUGCGUAACGACCUGAACCGCCUGCAGAUACGUUGCGUAAACGUAGGGCAGGGUUGUGAGGUGGUCUGCUCCCUGGAGAGCCUGCACACACACGAGGAUGAGUGUUGUUCUUUGCAGGUAGAGAGGCGGGGUUUAGAGGCUCACCUCUCCGAAUGUAACUUCCGCAGCAGGGAGUGUCCAAACGGCUGUGGCCACACCCUCUUCUCCAUUGACCAAUCACAGCAUAACUGCGUAGCAGAGCUGCGCACAGAAGUGGAGAUGCUCAGGGCAGAGAUGCUUUGCAAGGUGGAGGAGGUCAGACGAGAGAUGGAGUCUCGGUUGGACUCUCAGAGGAGACACAUGGUGCAGAAAGAGUCGCAGCUGAAGAAUGACGUGGAGGAGCUUAAGGCCCAGCUGUCCUGCGUGAUGUGUGACAUGCGAGCCUUGCUGGGAGCGGAGCGCCUGAGAAGACAGGAGCUGGCAGAGGCGGAGCUGGAGAAGAGGGAACUGUUGGAGCUCCUCAGAGACAUGCAGCCAACCAGGGGUCAGCAUCCUGCUGAAGAGGCAUCCAAGGAGCAGCAUCAGGGAGCCCAACAAACAGCUGGAAGGGAGCUGCACACAGAGCCAACCAGACACAAGCAGCGGGAGGUGUCUUUGCAGGCCUCCAGUCUGUCACUGCAUUCAGCUCAGGCCACUAAUGUAUCUGGUCCACCUCCAUCACCUCAGCUGGGAGAGGGGACACGCAAGGGUGGGACCAGGAGCCUGACUCUGGACUGCAUCAAGAGGAAGAGCCGGGAGGUGACGGUCAUCUGAGUAGACUAGAGAUUAGGCCCAUUAGAAACGGUUGAAUCUGUAUUUUUUGGUAAUAUUUGGAAAACAGUUUAAAAAUGAAAAUAGUGUGUACAGUUGUUGAGAGUUUUGUGAAAUAAAACUAUUUUAAAGUUCCAAAUA